CAUUAUAUUUAAACAAAAUCCUUCCCGACUUCCUUUCUUUGCAGGUGAACUCAAUUUAGAGGAUCCGAAUCUCGGAUUUCUUGCCGUCGAACACAAUGACAGCUGCCAAUGCUUCCCUUCAUCUGUCUCAGCGAAACAACUCAUCUGCCAACCAAACAGAGAAGUACGUUUCCUACAGCACCGUCAUCAUGCCAAGCAUUUUUGGCACCAUCUGCUUCUUGGGUAUUGUGGGCAACUGCAUUGUCAUUUACACCAUUGUAAAGAAGACAAAGUUUCGUGCCAAGCAGACAGUGCCGGACAUCUUCAUUUUCAACCUCGCUAUUGUGGACCUGCUGUUUCUCCUGGGCAUGCCUUUCCUCAUCCACCAACUCCUGGGAAAUGGCUCCUGGCGCUUUGGUGCUAUCAUGUGUACGAUGAUCACUGCCCUAGACACCAACAGCCAGAUGGUCAGCACCUACAUUCUAACCGUGAUGACCGUCGAUCGCUACCUAGCUACCGUCUACCCUAUCCGAUCCUCGUAUGUACGCACGACAUCUGUGGCGACGAUCGUCAUCUGCUUGGUGUGGCUGCUCUCAUUGCUGACAAUCAUUCCAGUCUGGAUGUAUGCAGGUCUAAUGCCUCUUAAAGACGGGUCAGUAGGUUGUGCCCUCAUCUUGCCCAAUCCUGCCAUAGAUAUCUACUGGUUCACUCUCUACCAGUUUGCACUGGCUUUCGCGCUGCCUCUCAUCAUCAUCUGCGUGGCCUAUUUCAAGAUCAUGCAACACAUGUCCACCACGGUGGCACCGCUUCCUCAACGAAGUCUCAGGGUACGCAACAGAAAGGUGACCCGGAUGGCUGUGGCUAUCUGCUUAACUUUUUUUAUCUGCUGGGCUCCCUACUAUACUCUGCAACUUGUCCACCUCGGCAUCCAGAGGCCCUCCAUCGCCUUCUUUUAUGCCUAUAACAUUGCCAUCAGCUUGGGUUACGUCAACAGCUGCAUCAACCCCUUCCUGUACAUUGUGCUCAGCGAGACCUUCAAGCGUCAGUUCAUUGUGGCGAUCCAACCAGCUCACGAGCCCUUCCGGGUCAAUAAUAGUACGACGGAAGCCAGCGUGAGCCUGAGGCUCGCACCUGAGUCCACACAACACUCACAGGUCUCCAAGGAGGUCUCUCCAAACCUGCUGCCUCUGACUGUAGCAGUUCCUUAAAAGAGAUGCCAAGCAGAA